AUGGAUGUCAUUCCUUUGAAUGCUGAUCCUAAUACAAACGUUACAAUUAACACGGGGGUCCUCUAUGACGAGAGUUCUGCUGACGAGUAUAUAGGAAUCUAUGUAGUCGAUGGUGGGACGCUUGUGUUCAAGCCCGAUGUCACAGAUGACCUCAUCCUGAAGACUCACUUCAUCGUUGUUAAGAAUGGUGGCCGUGUGGAUGUAGGAUCUGAAGAAUGUCGAUACACUGGCAAAUUGACCAUUCAGCUUAUCGGCAAGAGAGAUACGAUUAAUAAUCUUGAAGGAUUCGGUGACAAGACCAUUGGUGUCGAAGAGGGAGGCAAUCUCAAUAUAUGGGGACCCAAAAAGGUCUCGUGGACCACGCUGAAUGCACCACUGCCAAAGAUUGCAGAUGAAGGAAUAUUGUUUAAUCAGCAGGUAACACAAGGCGACGAUUCCCAAGGUCUGGUUGUGUAUCAAUUUGAUCCUGACCUUACCAAUUAUUCUGAAGAUGAUGUCAAGCGGGAAAUCUUCAAAUUUAAGAUGGCCUCAGAGAAAAAAUUCAAUGAAAGCGUUGAUGGUCUGAAACAGUACUUUAAUGACGCACCCGAUGGUUACAUAGUCGUUGCUGCUAUUCGGAAGUCGUUGUCGGCAGAAGAUGAUGAAAAGGACUUCCAAAUUUUAUACGAUGUAAUAGCAGACUUUUUAGGCGUAGACGUAGAAGAUACAGUGAUCAGCGAUCUUCAAUUCUACGACGGAUAUGUGAUGAUUAAAAAGAAAGGUGACCCGAACAAGAUGAUAGAGCAGACAAGCAAAUACAGGACGAAUUCCGUGGAUCAGGUAUCUGAAGCUGUGUUGUUUGAUGGAGACAAGAAAUAUUACGGCAAGAGUUAUACCAGGAAUCCACUUUAUGCAAACUCCUAUACAUUCGUCGAGGUGACCCAUCGAACUAACUCCGAACCAACAAUCGAGCUUUCCGAAGACAUUUCCUCGUGGGAGUUAGGUUCCAGACUGCUAAUCUCGUCUACUGGAAGUCAUGAAGAAACUGAAUUUGCUACAAUCACGGAACUAGUUGAUGCAACUCAUGUCAAGAUUGACCUGACCGCCAGAUAUGAUCAUUUGUGUGAAACUUAUAAGGGCGUUCCCAUGUGCGCCGAGGUGGCGCUCGUUGACCGCAACGUCCUCGUAGAAGGAGUGACCCUUGGUGAUGACCAAUAUGGUGGCAACAUUAAGUGCCUGGCAGGUUUCGCGAGCUGUAACUUUGCUGACUUUGAGCUGAAUUUGAUGGGUUCACAUUUUCCUCUCGGGCGCUAUCCAAUCCAUUUCCAUCUUGCUGGGGAUGUAACAGACAAGGCUGUCGUUGAUUCCCUGUCUAUCCACAACUCGUACGCACGAUGUGUUGUCGCUCACUUUACACAUAACUUAGAGGUUAAAAACAAUGUCUGCUUUGAUUGUCUUGGCCAUGGUUACUUCCUUGAAGAUGGAGGCGAGGUUGGGAACAGAUUUUAUCAUAACUUUGCCACGCUCCAGCGCAAGGCAGGACUACCCAAUAAAGCUCAUCUUAUUCCAACAGACAAAAAUCCGAGUGGGUUUUUUGUUACCAACCCCGACAAUGAAUUUGAGGGAAAUGUUGCAGUAGCAUCAGAGGGAUAUGGGUUUCAUUUCGCCUUUCCUAAUUUCCCGAUGGGCCCGUCAGCCAGCAAGACUGAUUUGGAAGAAGGUCAAACAUUCCAGACCAACCUCAAAUUAUUCACAAAGAACACAGCUCACUCUAACGCGAAGAUGGGAAUACGAAUCGGGGACUACCUGAACGAUGACGGUGAAGUGAAGUGGGGUGAGGAUUAUGCCCCACGAGUAUCUGCGACAGACGAUACAUCAGAUCUAGCCUUACUUGAACUCAGCUGUGUAACUGCCUACAAUAAUGAAGAAGCCAAUGUCUACAUCAGAGCGGCAAGGCUAUCAUUGAAGAAUUUUUCGGUCGCAAAAAGCAAAAAGGGAAUAGAAGUAUUGAGAUCAAUCAGAAAUGAGGUGUAUCAACAGGCAAUAGAGGAUAGUGUUAUCCUGGGAGAUCGUGAGAGCGGCCAAGCAGAGGGAGACAGUUCUGACAACCAAACUAGGGUUGGAUUGGAGUUUACUGGGCCAGUAAGUUUGUCAGGAUUGUAUUUCGACGAUUUUUACACAUCUGUAAACUACCGGUCUGGUGCCCUCAGUUUGGCAGGAGGAAACCCUGAACCAAUUACUGGAAAUCAAAUGGGAGACAACAUCUUUUUCGGCUUCACAGAUCCCGAUGACGGUAGCCGAGUGUUUGUUGCUGAUAUCAAUGACGACAAGGAAGGAAAUCUUGUCGAAUCAUUUGUUGAUGAUGGUUUUGUUACGGAUUCUGACUCAGCGAUGACGGUUCUGAGAAAUACACCGUUCCAAGUCACAGAUACUUGCUCGGAAAAGUGGGAUAACUAUGCCGUCUGUGACGAAGAGUAUGCAAUGGUGGAAACAAACAGGGCUGCGGACAUAUUUCGGGUCCAUGAAGAUACUCAAGUGACAUUAGAUGACGUGGAAAAGAGUACUCCAUUCAACGUCCUCGCCAACAAUCCUGACUACCUCUAUCUUGUUCGCUAUGAUAACUUCGAUUUCGCCUCAGCCGUCAAUGUUAAGACUUAUGAUGCUAAUCAAGGAAAGACGUUUGUGAUGGGUUUCUGUGUUCCAAGUGGUGAAAAUGUCGAAUUAAAAAUCCAAUACAGCAGCACUGAUCAAUUUGACUCUGAGACAUCAUUCGAAGCGCUUACAGCCAGCUCUGGAAACAAAUACUUCCACGACAAGGAAAUAGGAGUCGUCUUCGUCAAUGUUGUUGGGCAGGAAUCGGAUAGCAGUGAGCAAUAUUGUCUGGACGAUUAUGACAAGACAGGAAAAUGUCGUAGUCUUUCAAUUAAGAAGAAAAAUGGUGAUCCCGAAAUUAACGAUUGUAUCGAUGGCGCCAUCAGUGAAUAUAUAACACCAGCACAGGCAACGAAACGAGUUAAUGUGCCAAUGAAGAAGCGAAAGAUGAUCCUGACGAGAACUGAGAAGAGGUUAAUGGAACUUAUUCAGAAGCUGGAAGAUAACCAGUCCAACUAUGCCGAGCGUAUCGCUCAGCAAAAUCGGAAGCGGAGACUGAGGAGGAAUGCAGGUACCAGCGCAACCCUCCCAGCUUACACUGGAGAUUUACCAGAUGGUAUUGGUGCAUGUGAUGAUUCCUCAAAGAAAUGAGGAUUCUUUCUGACCUUCCGGAAUAGCGUACCGAACGACCCGCCGACAACCCUCCCAAUCGACCCCCUCCUCCGAAACUCUCAAUGCCGUUAAAUAUAUUUCUCAAUAACCCCUCCCGGAUUCGAAAGGGUUCAUAACACUCUGCAUGCACAGAACUGUGAUAUUAUAUAUAUUUUUAUCAUUUUGAACUUAAAACUUCAGAUAAC